AUGUCGGAAGAAACUCAACGACAAGUCUUCAAAGAGCUGAAACCAUACUGCAUAGAAGUUAGCGAAACGAUCCUAAAACCGACUCCCGAUCCCAGAGGACUAUCCACAUCUCUAACCCAGCUCCUUCGAACACUGACCAGUACCUCCGGACACCAUGGCGAAGUCUUCAACCGUGCGCUGGGUGACUACGUCUUCUACCCGCUCUCGCACAUAUUCCGGCAACACCAAACCGUGAACGACGGUGCGUUAGAGAAGGCUCUGGGAUGUGUGCGUAUCCUACUGAACACCUGCUGGCGACUAAACAUGCCGGCGGAACAAGCGAAGCAGAUGCUCAUCAUGAUCACCUUUGUGAUAGCAGGCACGCCCGGAGCUCCGGUCACUGCGAAUAGAAGUGAGGAGACAAAGAUUGAGGGUAUGAAAUGUUUGCUGGCGCUGUUCGAAUGCGUGAGGAGGGCUGAGAAGGGGGUUUUGGGAGAUGUGGAGUCUUUGCCGGCGCUGGGUCAUAGUGUCACUGCUGUUCUUGAGGCUGCCAUUUCCACGGCUUCUCCGCAGCUACAGCUGAUUUCCUUGGAGGUUUUGGAGGCGCUGUUGUUCUCUUGCAUCAUGGACUCGGACACCCUCGCCAGCUUUUAUCCUGGUGUUGUCAGUGGACUGGCGAAGGUCAUUGGCCUAGGACCUACCACAAAACGCCCAUACGGGGUCCUCGUCCGCUGCGUCAAGGUGCUAAACCGCGUAAUCUGUAAGGUCCUCGGAGAUGCAGACACAUCGAACCUCCCCACCGAGGAAGAAAACGAGGGGAAGGGGAAGGGGAAGAGCGAGGACUUGAAAGUCCACCGAACAACCUCCUGGCUAACCGCCACCGCAACCCAAACUAAAUCUGCGCUCGACAACAUCCUCCGCCUCCGCGGCCACCCCCACAGUCAUGUUCGCAAAGCUGUAUUCGAGUUGUGCCGGGACUUGCUCGAGAACUGCGCAAAGUCUCUCGCCGAAGCCCUCACGGCGGUCAUCGAAACGAUGAUUGUCCUCGCUGGGGACGAAGAUGACAGUCUCCGGAGUAUUUCUGGGAACACUCUGCGUGUCGCGGCGAUGAGCGAGAAUGUCAAGGAGGCGAUACAAAGCUGCGCUCAUGGCUGGGCAAUUUCUUUACCAAGAGUCAUGGCUGGGAGCGAAGAGAUUAUGAAGACCAGACUUAUCAAUCGAAUUUCUACCGGCUUCAAAAUUCUGACAGAGUUGGGUAUGGACAGCGAGAUACUACAGGAGACGCUGGCAACCAAUAUCCGGGAUAGCCUUUUCACGGCUCACGCCGGAGCCACUGGGAAGCGGGAGGCUAUCCAAACGGUAGAGGAGCCAUUGCCAUUUGACGCGCUGGUUUCACAGAACAAGGCUAUCGGAACACUUGCCAGUUCAGCGCAGUACCCGGACGUUGUACUCGGGCACAGAAGUCAACGGGAUACGGUCGACAGCGUGAAGAAGCUUUUGGGUUUGUUAGGAUGCUCCUCCGAGAACGCACUGCCCCUUGCACAACGGCACAUCCGCGAGAGUUCGAGGAUAAAUGCUCCUACUAAGGAUAGAUCUACUUCUCUAUGGGUCGCUGUGCAGUUACUCCGAGGAUCACUGGCAAAUUCCGACGAAAUGGACAUAUUCCUCGAUCUAGACUUUUCUCCAUCGGGUCCACUGCAGCAGCAUGUCACGGAGGAAUUAUUCGCAGUGUCAUUAUCCGUCCUCAACGACGCUAUAGAUCUGGGUGUAGACGAAGAAGCAGAUCCCAUGUCGCCAACACUCCAGUGCCUCGCCCUCGAGGCAAUCUCCCUCACAGCACAAGCACAGAAAGAAUCCUUCAGGGAAGAUCUAGUAGAUGCUUUAUACCCCAUAGUACACCUCCUGGGUUCCCUUUCAAGGGCGGUCCAAUCCCACGCAAUAGUCACGCUAAAUAGCGUCUCUCGCUCGUGCGGAUACCCAUCUGCCAAGGAACUCAUUCUAGAAAACGUUGAUUACAUGGUCAAUGCCGUAGCACUAAAGCUAAACACAUUCGACCUAUCCCCCCAAGCACCUGUGGUUCUUGGAAUGAUGCUAAGACUUGCAGGGCCGAGCCUGAUACCCUACCUUGACGACAUGGUCGUCAGCAUCUUUGCUGCGCUGGACGCCUUCCACGGAUACGAAGCGCUCUGUGAGGCGCUCCUGGGCGUCCUCGCUCAAGUCGUAGAAGAGAGUGGGAAAGGCGGUGGAUUACUCGCCAUCACAACAAACACCGGCGAUUCCUCCUCCCCCCUGCCGCGGGGAAAGCGAAGAAAGCUACUAACGGGCGAAGAGCUAAUACAAGGGAUCAAAUCCAAUCUCCGCAAAGAGCAAGAAAAGAAAAAGGAAGCGGAGCAAGAGGAAGCAGACAUAGCCGCCGGUAAAUUCCCGGAAAAGCCUUGGGGCAAAGGAAAAGAAAAUGGCAAAAACGAGGACCCCGCCAUUAUGGAAGAGAGGGACGAGGAAAACGAGGACCAACACCCACCACCCCCGCCAGAAACUCAAGUAGUAAAGACCACAAAAACCUAUGAUCUGGUCCAGAGGAUCACCCGCCUGAGCCAACACUAUCUGACACACCCCUCCUACCCCCUCCGCCUAAAGCUCCUCCGUCUAAUAUCCACUGCGUCCCCACUCCUCUCCAAGAACGAGGACGAAUUCCUCCCGCUGGUGAACGACAUCUGGCCCGCCGUGCUGAACCGCCUCUUCGAGGACGAACCGCACAUUACAAUCUCUGCGGCGGAGGCAGUAACCACGCUCGCACAGGAGUGCGGGGAGUUCAUCUCCAGCAGGAUUGUGGACGCGUGGCCGGGGAUCAAGAGAGUUUUUGUCAAUUGCUUGAGGAGGUGGGAGAGGGAGAAGGCGAGUAAGACCGGUAAUAUGGGGGCUUAUAGCCCUGGGUAUAAAGUCUGGGAUGCACUUUGUGGGAUGAUGGCUGCCGUUGUGGAGUUUUGUAGGGUUAGUGAUGAGAUUGUUAAUGAUAUCUGUAGGAUCCUUGGGGGGGAGGGGCUAUCUCGGAGGACGGAUCUGAGGAAUUCGCUUGAGGGGGUUAACCCUGAGGCUGUUUGGUUAGAGAUUGAGAUUUGGAAAGCAAAGAGUGGAGUUGGUGGAAAGUGGACUUUGCCAACUCUCGAGGGGUUCAAGUUUUAUGAGGUUGUAUUUUAA